AUGCAUCGAUUUGUAUAUCUUUUGUUCCUGAUCCUCGAGCUGCUGGCUGGACCGGUCAAGGCACUCAACGCUGCAGGCGCCGCAGAAACGGCCUUCUUCUACCAUGCAUAUCGGGUAGAAAGGCUCUUCAAGAAGGAAGGUAGCCAACUGCGGAUUGCCCCUGAGUGCCGUGAUGGUGAUAAGCCAUGCGGAUACGCAAAGUUCGUGGAACAUAUCAGCACGGAGAAAGCCCGGAAUGCGAACGACCGAGAUCAGAUAAGGGAGAUUUUGAACCGAUUCGAAACUACCGACUUGGUAGAUAUGUCGAGGAAUCUUCGAGAGGCAAAGUUUGUAGCCGACUACGACCAAACUAGGUUGCUCCCCAAGUUGAAAGGAAAUUCCCUAACGGAAGCCAUUCGGCAAAUUGGGAAUAUCAUGAACACAGCCCCCAAAAAUCAAUAUCGAGAAGAGCUUCGAAAAAAGAUCGACGCUUUGGACCUGGUUGCUGAAGUCCGAAGAGCCGACAAUAUGAAGUAUUUCGCCCCGGAACUGGAGAAGCAGCUGGGUCUGAAACUUGAACCAAAACCCGAAUCCACGAGAGACGGCGUCAAAUACACCGGGUACGACAUCGAGAAAACGGCAGCCAAUACGGGCGUGGCUGAUCUUGCAACAAAGGUUGAGUCUGCCGCAAAGGUCUUGAGCGAUGCGAAAGAUACAAAGAAGUUCGAUGAGCAAUUCAUCAUACAUCAGAGAAUCAUUAGAGAGGCACAGAGGUCAGGAAAGUUACUUCGGGAUAAGGCUAAAUGUUGA